GAGAAUCAUUACAUACAUAGUAGUGAAAUGUAACAGUUAUAAUAAUUAAUCGCAGAAUUAAACGAAACUGUAGCUGCUUUCACAUCUAGACCAUUGUUUACCUUUAUCGACAAGCGACUGUUCUUGCCUAGCUAUUAUGCCGCUCUACUCCGUCUUGACUCGAUAAGCGUGCCUGCCAUACAGCGCACUUGAUUGUAUUUUAUACAUUAACUGGCAGCCCAUCGAAAUGGGACAAAAUAGGAUGAAUGCAAAUUUUGUUCAAUCUGGGAAACCGUGAUAUUACGCGAGGUGAAAUGUAAAACGUGCUCGUUUAAUUCAGAGAUUCUUUUUUGAAUGGGAGUGUUAUUUGCAGGCUAACCGGAUACCUCUGCUUGCAGUGCGCUGUGAUGGUCACGGUGUUAAUGAUGGAAUCGCAAUGCGAGUACUUUAUGUAUUUUCCGGCCGUCCCCAUCUCAGACCUGUCGGACCCGGCCAAAUACCGCACGCUUCCGCGUCGCAGUCACCUUUACCUCGUGGAGGGGGUGCGGUUUGUUUUGUUUUUGUUUUGUGAUAUCGUAGCGUGUCCUGAUGGCAGCGGCUCGGAGCAUCACAGCAGUCGCUCGUGGAGGGAGCUGGCCGGCUCUCUCUGCGCCGUGGCCAGCGUUAGCCCUGGUGACAGCCGACAGCGGACACAGCCUCUGUAUCACGACUACCACAGCAGCGGGGACGAGUGUGUGGAGGAUACGGACGAUGAUGAUGCUGCUGAGGUGGGCUGCGCAGGUAACGUUAGAGGGGGCCCGAGGUACCGGGGCUUCAGGGAAUGCAAGCCGCUCCUCAUUCACAACAACCCCGGCAACGGCGUGAGGGAAUUCCGCAAGGCUCCUGUACAUUCUCCUGUGGAUGAGCCAGUUGUUUUAAGCGAUGAGGUCAUCUUCCCCCUGACUGUGUCCCUGGAUAAGCUCCCUGUCAACACUCUCAAAGUGAAGAUAAUUGUAACUGUGUGGAAGCAAGAAGAGGAGAAAGCUGAGAUCCAAGAGCAUGGCUACCUCAGCAUCCUCCAACAAAAGAGCCCCUGCCAAACAUUCCGCCAGGAUCUAAACACCUUCAAAGCACAGGUCAGCACCACACUUAAUGUCCUGCCCCCUCCAACUGUAAAGUGUCAACAAAUGACUGUCUCAGGAAGACACUUGACUAUCCUCAAAGUGUUAAAUGCAAGUUCUCAAGAGGAAGUGUGUGUACGUGACAUCAAGAUCUUUCCCAACUUCAAUGCUUCAUACUUACCAAUGAUGCCAGAUGGCUCUGUACUGCUGGUGGACAAUGUUUGUCAUCAGUCAGGAGAAGUUGCCAUGGCAUCAUUUUAUAGAAUGGACAGCGAGUCCAGUCACCUUCCCAGCAUGCUCAGUUCUCUAGAGGAGCAGAACUUUCUCUUCCAGCUGCAGCUCAAUAACCAGCCACAAGAUGAUUCAACUGAGGGACUAGAGGUGCCAUUAGUUGCAGUCUUGCAGUGGUCCACUUCUAAAUUGCCCUUCACCAACUCUAUCUACACUCACUAUAGUCUCCCUAGUGUGAGACUGGACCGGCCGCGCUUCAUUAUGACAGCUAGCUGCCCCAGUGCGGUCAAGGCUCAUGAACAUUUCCGGGUGAGAUAUACCCUCCUCAACAACUUGCAGGACUUUCUGGCAGUCCGUCUAGUCUGGACGCCUGAAGGUCGUGGACAGAAAGAGGAUCCUGCAGUGAAUGCAGUGGUGUGUCAUUCUCCUCUCAGUAACCUUGGUUACUGUCGAAAAGGCAGUACCCUUUCCGUCAGUGUGGCUUUCCAGAUACUCCGAGCAGGUCUUUUUGAGUUGAGUCAGCACAUGAAACUGAAGCUACAGUUCACAGCGUCCGUGUCCAACCCUCCCCCUGAUGCUCGUCCGUUGUCCCGCAAGAACAGUCCGUCCAGUCCAGCGGUUAGAGAUAUUCUGGACCGACAUCAGGCCAGUCUCAGUCUGGGCCGCUCUCAGUCCUUUUCUCACCAGCAGCCAUCCAAGUUUCACCUCACAAGGACAGGCAGUGUUAUGGAGCGCAGGGCCAUCACCCCUCCCGUGGGCUCUCCUGUUGGACGGCCGCUGUACCUCCCUCCAGACAGGAACAUCUUGUCACUUGACAAAAUUGCCAAGCGUGAGUGCAAGGUGCUGGUACUGGAUUCACACACCUAAAUGCACAAACACACACACAUACACACAUACACAAAUGCACAGAGGAGAGGAAGUAGAGAUGUUUUUGAACUUUGGGAAAGACCCACGUGUCAUGGAAGCAGUGUAAAUCGAAAAAGUGGUUUAAUGUCUGUUAGUUUCAGUUCAAUAUGUAUUUUUGUUUUCGUUUUUCCAGCAUUCAUUGUUUACAUGCUGCACAGUUAUGAUUAUUUUAAAAUAAUUUCAAUGCAAUAUACAUGCAGCUACUGUUUUUGACAAUUUCGACAGAAGGAAUGAAAAGAAAGCAUAAACACACAGGGUUUUUAUUGUUUAUUCAUAGGACAUUUCACUGUCGGGAGUCGUGAAGUUCUGAAACUUGUCUUACAUACAAGUUAAAAUAUUGUAUUGCUGGCUGUUUAAAGGGAGAAUGGAUGGUUAUGAUUGGUCAUACCCAGACCCACAUGAAAUCUGUGUGCUCAGAAAUCUUUCUGAAGAAACUGAUUCUCCAUAGGACCGGCCCCAUGCAUGAUUGUUUAUUUAAUAGUUUGGCAAUGUUUUCAGACACAUAUUAGUCCAGCACUCUAUUUAACUCAUUGUGUUUGCUUAAAUCUAUUCUGUAGAUUUGCGUCCCAAAAUCAGUGCAAAGAAUGAAGAAUUCAGCAGAUUCCGUUUGGGCCUUAGUCAUAUCCAUUGUAAAAGCAUGUCUCGUACAAAUUCAUGUUUUUCUUUGUUUAUUACUUACUAUUGGAUAGAUUUUUUUUUAAAUGUCUUUACAUUUCAUUUGUCAGUACUGCCAACAUUUCCCUGUCCAUAUUUAAUGCCUCUUUGUAAAAGUGCUUUUAUUGUUUUCCUUAAUUACUUGAAAGAUGGUUUGCAAAGUUGUGCCUGUGAGCAAUCAGAAGGCUUCUUUAAUUUUUAGUCUUGUACAUUGGAAUGUUUUUGGUCUGGGAUUUAUUGUACCCUGCAGUGUAACUGUAGUGUAAAUUUGUAUUUAUUUUAUUCAUCAAAUUAUUUCACUGUUGUAAUGUUAACACUCCAGUUAAUCAAGCUGUUAAACCUAUACAGGUCUCCCAUGUGAUCACACACAACCUGUCAAUAUCAAAUCAAGUCACUUCUGGUUCCUGAAGGUGGAGCUUGUGUUAUUGGCAGAUGCCAUUUUAUUUCUGCUCCUCCCUUCAUGGUUUUGAAAAUAUGCUGUCACAUUCCUAAUGGAGCGUGUGUUCAUAAAAAACAUGUGGGAUCAUUUUUCUUUUGCUCCAUAAUUAUCUUGCCCCUCUCCUGCUAGAUGUCUGGGAACAAAUUCCCGGUAAGCAUCAGGGCAGAUGCUGGUCAUACAGUUGUAUUGAUUUCUAUGCAUUUACACUGAACAUCAGACUUUAACAAAGAGCUUGAUAUGCACAACCCCUCAGGCUGUAGUGAUAAUCAAUAAUCAUCUGGCAUAAAGUGUCACCCCUUGUGCCAUUUAAUGGGGUAACGAUUGAUUUCUUUUAUCAAUGUUUACAUUUCUGUGCAGAUGUUAGGACUACUGAUUAAUCCUUGGGACUGAAGAACCUUUUCCUUUGUUGUUGAAUGUUGCACAUGAUUUUAUAUUGUGACAGAUUUUAGGAUCUUGAAUGUUUAAUUUUUUCAGACUAAAAUAUUUAGACAAGACUUCUUAUUCUGCGGAAAUGUAACAGUUAUCUAAAACCGCAUUGUGGGUGUAGAUAAUAUGUUUUAAUUUACACUGUGGCUUAUUUUAAUUUUAAAAUUCUAAAUUCACUUCGCUUGUAAUUUCCAUAUUUGCAUCUUGGCCAGUUUUCUAGUUUUGGACUUAUCUAAUUAUUAUUUUACAUUGACAGCUUGUGAAGAAAAGUUGCUUGGCACGAUUAGAUCAUUUAUGAACAAAAAGAUUUGGACUAUCAUGUUUAUUUAUUUAUUUUUUUAUGUAAGCACUUUAUUCAAUUUUUGUAACUUGUUUUUCGGAGGAAAAAGAAGGAAUGUUCAAAGGACUGGUUCUGGUUUUGGAUCUGAUGUUUUCCUGAA